AGCAUCAUCCUUUGGGGAAGUCUCCAUCCCUUCAAGGUGUCCUGGCCUGUGGCAAGUCUGGAUGUGAAAUCUCAGUGUGUGAAAGAAAGGGAUACUCAGCUGGGAGUUAAUGUCACGUGCUCCUCCUGUUUUGUUUCUUGCUAUUAAAUGAGAACUUUUCAUUGCCAUGGAAACCAACAGUCACCGGCACCACAUCCAUUCCUACCAUGAAACCUUAAACUCGGUUUGCCACAGUACUCUGAAUCUAAACCACCACCCUCUCUCAAAGAGCUCCUCAAAUCUGGCAGGCAUUGGACGAAUUGAUUCUGGGGAAAAACAGAACAGCAAACAGGAGCUCCGAAAAAGCUUCAGCAGUUCUGCCUGCCAAGCCCAGCUGAGGGAGAAUGAUGUCGGAAGCACACCUAGCUCUGAAUGGUCUUCAAUCUACUCAGAAAUUGCAUCCACUGUCAGAGCUGUGAGUGGUUUAUCUCCAAGUGACAGUGCACAGAGUACCACCAAAAGCACAAACCACUUCCUGUGUGUUGACCAGUCCCCAGCACCUGUAGAAGGGGCAGGCACUAGGACACACAUCAAGAGCAGUACUGUUGAGAAUGUGUCUUUAGCCUGUGGUGCAAAUCUGCAGCAGGUGAGUGCAAUGGAAGGGCUUGGAGCUGCUGUCCAGAGAAGCCUUUCCGACCUGACUUGUAGCUGUAAGCAACAAAGCUCUGCUCCCCACAUGGAGACAAGUGCCACAUACUCUGCUAUGAGUUCCAACAACAAUUACGGUGCUUCAGCAGGCAAUGUAGUUUUUCCAAGACCAAGAUAUGGAUUUGACACAUGUGAAAAUGCUGCAGAUUUUCAAAGUCAUAUGACUUGUGUCCCAAGUUUGCCUACAGACCAAAAUGUGCCUGGAACCAUCUUCGACAAUGGUGCUGUACCGCAAACUGUUACUGUUUUUACAGAUCCUGGAGCAUAUCACACAACUGUUUUUGGAUCACAUAUGCCUGGAGACAAUUUCUCAAACAGGGCAAUGUAUGCUCAGGGUGGAAUUGUAUAUAGUAAUUUUUCAGCUGGCAUGUACCCGCCUGACAUGGUGGCCAUCCAUAAUAGUACCACUGUGCCCUAUAGCAUGAGGCAGCAGGAGUCUGCUAUGAAGACAGAAGGUACCAUUCCAGCCUAUUGCCAUUCACUGCCAAUACCUUCUGUUCAGUCCAUUCCAAGGUUGGUCUGCUCAGUUAGUGAAUCGGGGAAAGAGCAAGUAAAUCCUGGGUAUUGUCAGUCUUUGCCUGCUACUGAAACGGCAACCCUUCUGAAGCUUGUGUCAUCUGUGAGUGAAUCAGGUCUGGAUGCAAAACGUAUCCUUAGAUGUUGUAGUGUGCGUGGAGAAUACAUGAUGCAUACUCAGCCUUAUGUACAAUCAAGCAGGGUCCAAGAGGAAAUGAAGACGACGUAUGUGGUGUGGAAUAGCCACCAAGAUGGCGUUAAUGUUGUCCUGAAGUCUAAGGACACAGGGACGAUGACCUCCAUGAAUGCCAUCACCCAGGGAUUGCAGCCUCCACUUGAGUGCAAAGAUGUAGAAGUACAAACCAUCACAACAAUGGAAUGUAAAUCAGUGGCAACAAGCCCCUCUGUUGUGGCAGAAAGCUGCCCUCAUGUGUUCCCAGAGGUUAAUGUGGAACCCGAGGCAGAGGAUGAAAAGUCUCCAGUGCGGGAAGUGAGGUGGGAUGAUGAAGGCAUGACAUGGGAAGUCCAUGGUGCAGCUGUUGAUCCUGAGGUCCUUGGGUUGGCCAUUCAGAAACAUCUUGAGAUUCAGAUAGAACAGUUUCAGACUGAACCUGUGGAGCUCUCAAGGAAAAGUACAGAGGAACUGCCAGCUAAAGAGGAAAAGAAAACGUAUUUCAGAACAAUGAUGCGUUGUCUAAGAAAUCCAGCCUGUUGUGUCCGUUCCAGCACAGCAGUGGAAUAAACUUUCCUAGGUGACUGCAAGAUCUAAUUUUAUAUUUUUAAAAAACAAUAGUUGCAAAUAAACACUGUACCUUUUUAAUGCUGGUUCAGAAUGUGGAAUCCCUUGGGAACUGAGUUGGAAACUGAGGUGGUAUAAAAUAGAACUUUACAGUGUUGAGACUCCAGGGAGGGUUUUUUUAAAGAACUUAUCUCUGAAAGAUGAUCUGCACAUUACUUGGAAAGAAGUAGUUGAAUUUUGCAGUGUUUCCCUUUAGAUUGUAGGUAGGAUUGGGAUUUUAUUUUUGAAUGCUGAACACAUAAAAAAAAACCCUCACAGCAUGCAGUAAACUAGUACAUGAGAGGGAGAACUCUUUUAAACUUUUCUGCCUAACUACAUUUAGAGAGUUUUUUUGAGGAUGUGUGUUUUGAAUUUAGU